AUGGACCCGAGUCGAAUCGCCAAAUCACCGUCAGCGGGAAACGCGUCUACAGAGUGGAUCACGUCCACCAAAGCCGACAACCACCGAGGAUGACCAGAGUACAUAAAGACAUGAUCCGCGACGAAAUGUCAAAUCCAGUCUCCACAAGCUUCCUCGACUCUAAUCACCAUCAGAGCCUUUUUCACAAACCACCACGACCAACAAAAUGGCAACACCAAACUUUACAGUCCACCAUCUCCAAAUCGGCCAAGGCGAGCGCAUUCCCUGGCUCCUGGAAGAGCUCGAGAUCCCUUACAAGCUUGUGAACUACCAGCGCUCGCCUCUCCUUUCACCACCAGAGCUCAAAUCCAAGCACCCUCUCGGUGCUUCUCCCAUCUUGGAAGACCACACCGACCCGUCCAAUCCCAUCACUUUGGCCGAGUCCGGUGCAAUCGUCGAGUACAUCAUCGGCAAAUACGCCAACGGGAAGCUCGCCCUAGGCCCCUCGCACAAGAACUUUGCAGACUAUCUCUACUGGUUCCACUUCUCCAACUCCACCUUGCAGCCCGCCAUCUUCAGACGCGCGAUGCUGCGCGGCGCCAUCCCAAACUCCUCGACAGACGCCCGGUAUCUGGGCGCGGAUGGACGGGUCAAGAAUGCUUUGCACCACAUGAACAACCGCUUGCUGUCACACAAAUGGCUUGCCGGCGAUGAAUUCACGGCAGCAGACGUCAUGACGGGCUGGUGCUUGACUACGAUGCGGAAGUUUGAGCCAAUUGAUUUGACUGAGUAUGAAGGUAUCCAGGCGUGGGUGAAGAGAUUCGGCGAGAGGCAGGCGUAUAAGACGGCGAUGGGGAAGAGCGAUCCGAAUAUUGACCUCGAGGAGACAUCAGGUGUGAAGGGGCCGGCGCCCAUAGAGUUGUUUACUAAGGCUAUGGCGGGGAAGAUGUAAGCUUGGAUAAAGCUGCUGUUGGAGGACGAGAUGUUAAAUGAGUAUACUUGGAAUA